AGGAAAGGGAGGGGCUUUUGGCCCUUGGUAUGGCUGAGAGGAAGAGGAAGUUAUAAUGACAGUGGUUAGACUAACACAUUAAAUGACUGCCCGUCCUUUUCUUCAUGAUGAAAAUAUAUGCGUACACUUGUCUUCUGUGUGCUCUGAGUGCGGUGCAGAUGAAGACUGUCAACAUAAAUAAACAUGUCGGGGAAAAUGUGACCAUCAGAUGCUCAGGCUGGAACAUUUGGUGGAAUGUAAAUGACAAUGUUAAGUACCUUUGUUCAAGUCCUUGUACAGAAGACAAGCACAUUAUCAUCAAAGCAGGACAUGAAAAGAUCAACCGUAAGGAUCAAAUUCAGUUAUUCAACAAGGGAGAUGUUUUAUUAGUGACCUUCACUGAUCUUCAAAAGUCAGACGCUGGAAAAUAUUAUUGUGGAGUGAAGAGAUUUGGGAAAGAUGCAUACAUAGAGGUGAAUGUUAAAGUCAUGGAUGCUGAGCCUUCCAGUCCCAUUAAGACUCCAAUAACAGUCACUGUUACUGUAACAACAACCAGCCCUGUUACAUCUCCACAUGUCUCUGAUGGUUUUACUGACAUGUCUACAACAAACCAAACCUUUAAUACCACAACACUGCCUGCAUCAGACACACAAGGAGCUGAGAGUCCUCUAUAUUGGAUUGUAGGUUUGAUUGUUACCUUGCUAACCUUGCUAACGGCUGUACUGAUGGUUAUCAGGAGGAUGAUGAAGAAGCAGCAGAGUAAGACACACACACCAACUAUAGAGGCAGUUUAAGUGCAUGCUAAAGAUAAUAAUGUUUGAGAUA